CGAUGUUGGAAGCGUCUGCAUCCUAGGUCUAGUGAAAACAGAUAUAGGCGAUUCACAAAGCGGCGCGAAGGAACAUUACUUUUAAAGCACCCUGUUCGGUCCUCUUCUCUUGAUCUGGCUCAACUUCGAAGGAAUGCAUCACAGCUCAAGCCAAAGGACAAGUUCUUUGGUUGGCUGCCCCCGGAGAUUCGACGUCGAAUUCUGGUCUGCGCCUUUGGCGAACGCACUGUCCAUAUUGAUUUAUCCUACACACUGAUAACUAGGCCUUACCAAGCAGGCUAUGUUGGUGUAUCAGCUGCGAGGACGCAUGCCGGACUGCUGCCACGGUCUGAUUACCAUCAGAUGUACGAUGGCGAAUGGCAAUGGCAGUGGUAUGGCUGUGUCUGUCAUCGUUCUGGUCCAGAAGAAAUGACACUGUCUUUAGGGAGAUUUCGCAGCUCUCCUGGCAUAGAUAGGCGAAGAUUUACCUGGACAGCCUGUCUGGAGGGGGGAGGAGUUUGCCAAGCUUGGCCUGGGAAUCAACCUGAUAAAUGUCGACUGGAAUGCUUAGGUUGGCUAUUAACAUCCAAACAAGCAUACAUCGAAGGCAUGGAAGUGAUCUAUGGAACAAACACCAUAAACUUUUCGUCAUCCGAAAUCAUGCUUUCGUCUCCGAGCAUACUACCUCCCAACAUCCUCAGGUCGAUUAGAUCACUAGAGCUGGCGAUCGACACGCAGAGGUCGCCUCUCAAAUACGCAUUUAGGGAUCCGGAAUUCUUUUCACCCAGCCUGCACACAGUACCCAUAUUCCCAAGCCUUCUAUAUCUCCGUAUAUCCCUUUUUAGUUGGGACCUAGAUAUUUGGUUUAGGAGGAAGGACUUGCUUCACCAUUAUGGCCCUAAUCGUGAACUGUGGCUUCAAUUAAUCCCAGCAAACGUGUCUAUCAUGCUACACAGGAUCGAUAGUUUUUUGGAAAGAAUAGCGCCACCCACGGCAGAAGUUACGGUGGAUUGGAACCUUACCGGCUACGACACCUUGAGCAAUGUACUCCUCAGCGAACGCCUGGACCAAGCAUCACUGCACAUACAAGAAUACGAAUCUGGAGGGAGAAAAUAUUGGCGACAAACUUCCACUUCUAUAGCCAAUAUCCCUACUGGGGAUACAAAUUGCCUUGGCAUUACAGGUGGCCCAGGCAAACGCCAGGGCUAUUGGAUUUACUGUGAUGAAGCAGAAGAUGACGAU